CCACAGACCACGCCGAAACACUAGGUAAGACUGCGUACGAUUGGCUAACUUGGAACUUGCAGCCAAUCGGCGAGCGCCUGUCGGAAGGGUUUGACUUUCACGAGCCAUGGCAGCUUGUUGUCGAGGUUGCUGUCAUACUACCAGAUUGAGAUCAACGCCUUUUCAUCACACAAACCUAUUUAUAUCUCGGUCAGCACUAUAUUUAGAUGCUAGAUUUACCGAAAUGUUAAACAAACGGGCCUAGUUUGGAUACAGUGAGAAUCGUGAAUUAUAUUCACGUAAAAUUGAGUCGGGCUGAGUGAAAAUCACGGAUAUAAUCCAUGGAUGUUGUCACUGGCGUUUGUUUAUCAUUAUCGUUCUGCGUAAGGGCAAUUCCUGAUAAAAUACUUAUAAAUAAGACAAUAGUUUCAUGAGUUUAUUCUGUGUCUGUCAUACUGUCUGAGCUAAAGAUGGCGGAUUCGACUAAUUCCCAUGCAGUCUGUAUUAAACAAUGGAAGGCAGCAUACUACGUAAAUAAGGACAAAAAGUGGCGGUAUGGACAACUGGGCCUCAUCCCAGAGGGAGUUGUGUUUACUGAAGCAUCCACUGGUACUUCCUCCAACACAGAUACAACAGGAUUCUCACAGACCAUUUUGUUUUCAUCAUUCACCGAUGUGAAAAAGACCACAUCCACCAUGAUUUUUCCUGUCAUUACAAUUUCCACAAACAGCGACAGACACUGGUUCGGUUCCUUCACUGACAGACAAAGCGUGUUUAAUACCGUGGCACAUUUCUGGAGAAUGCGUCUUAUUCCUGAAAAUAAAAGCCCAAGAGCAGCUGGUGGAACACGGACAAAACUGGGCAGAGAACUUCUCAGAUUAGCACACGAUUCACAAGCAACUAUGAGCUCAGCUGCACGGACCUUGCAUCACCAAGGACAGCAAAUAGACUCUUCCUUAGCAACUAUGGAUGAUUUGCAUAAUGAUCUGGAUGUUGCUGACAAAUUUGUGUCCGAACUUGAAUCGUGGCUUGGAAACUGGCGCGCUUCUGCCAAUGUGCCGCUUACGCAGUCAGUAUUAAUUAAACACACAGAUCUGCCUGACAUUGCUAACUUUGAAGUCCUUUACGCGAAAGCCGUGGGUACCUCAUUGUCCGGAUUUGUGCCGGGAUCUGUGUGGAUCAGUCGAAAGGAAGGGGUGACGAUAUUGGGGACAAAGCAAGACAUCAUACAGCAUUUUGGGCCUGGUGGGGUAUGCUUGUCCCGGGUUAGAGUGCUUAACCCGUGGGAGUUGAUAUUAACAAGUUACCGUUUGGGAGAAUCAGAUCUCUCAUACCACCUCCUCUCCACAAAAGCUGUUGAAGCCCUGAGACACUUAGAAGUUGGCAGAGCUGACAAAAUAGAGUACAUGAGACCUUCCCCUGUGUAUGUGUGGGUUGAUUCGACUAUCACAACAGGCAGAGCCAGCUUGUUACCUAGACAAGAGUUAUCUGCCCCUUCCAUGCCAGCCUCUGGGGUAGUGCAGCCCAACACUACAGCCCAGACACAGAGCCAACUGUUACAAAAACAUGCACCUGUGUCAGAUCAGGAGGUUCAGGAACUGAGCGAUAUUUUAUCAGAUCUCAAAGGUAUGGCGAUUGCUGUCCAGCAAGAAGAAGACAAACAGCUAGAAGCCCUUGACACUCUGUUGAUGGCUGUAGACAUGGCUGAUGCUCGCAGGGCAGAAUUAGAGAAUAGAGUACAGAAACUGAUCAAGAACUGAUCUUGAAUUUCAGAAUUUAUUCAUUUCAAUUUUUACUCAUAUGAUGUCAGUUUAACAGGAAGUGAAAACCACAGCGGAACAGAUAAACUACUGACCUUUGACAAGUUAAUGACCAACUUUCCCACACAAUAUUGCACACAUUAAUGGAGGAAGACAAGAGGUCUUCAGGUUACUUCAAUGAUUCACAGGCUAUGCAAAAAGCCACACGAGUGUCAUUAACCAUUUACUGUUACUAAGCAGUGAGUGUGGGGAUAUCCACAAAGUAUCUGUCCCAGAUGUGUGCUCAUACAAUAUUCUGUUGUCAGUGUCAAUAUCCAAUUUAACCUAAUAACCUUAAAACCAUUUUGGUUUGCUUACUGUCUAAAUUCUUCUAUUUAACAUGUCCUUUCCCAUAUCUUGUUAUCAUAAAGACACACCAAUGCUUUAAUAACCAAAAUGUAAAUAAAGUUCAAUUCCAU